AUGAUUUAUGUCUUAUUCUUUUUAAUUUUAAUUUGUAGCAGCUUUGCUCGGCCAGCUCCCAGCUCUAGCAUUUCCGACUUCAAUAAACGAAAUUCCAAGCCUAGACAUGUCGGUUAUAAAUGUCUUUCAUCACAAGUUAAUAUCAGAGAUAUUAGAUCGACGAUGAAAGGUGCCUGUGACCAUAUCAGGAAAAGAAAGCAAAAGAAAGGGUUCUCUUUAUUUUUAUUUGAUCUUUUUGGCGGCCCUAUUUCUGUCAAGCCUUUUCCCGAAACAGUAAAAUUUGGGUUUCCAAAAGAUGCCCAGAUGGAUGCCGUGCCUGAAACUGCUCUAUUCAUGCAUAGCUUUAACUUUGUUGUAUUUUCGCCGUCCAAAUGCCAAUUUCUCGGAAUGGUGCGCGAAAAAGCCGAUCCGGACGAGACCUCUUAUAUGAGCUGUAAAAAAGCAACAUGGCCACUCAACUGGUUUGAAGUCAUGGAUCCUCGAUCACUGGAGGGAUAUGGGGCUGACGAGUUGGAAAAGUAA